UUGAUAUAAGCAUCAUAGAAUACUUUAAAACUGGAGAAUCACUGGAUAAGAAGAAGAAAAAGAAAAUUCUUGACUUGUUCAAGUUUUUAGCGGGAGGAGAAAGCCCUACCGAAGCGGUAGAAUUGACUGUUCGUCGAAAUUGGAAUCUUCGCGAAGCACAGCUGAAGGCCAUAUAUGAAAUGGUAAAGCUUGUUGAAAACCCACCGAGUUUGAAAACUGGAAGUCCUGAGAAAAAAUUGGUUCUGAGUGUCCUUAUUAGCUCCAAUCUCCUUAGCUUUGUAGUUAGACUUCUUUGGAUACGCGUUCCUAAUGAGUUCACAGAGAACAGCGAACCUUGGAAUGCGGGAUAUUUCAACAGCCUGGUAGUCUUAAAACACAUUUUGACUCUUCCUCAAUAUACUCAAACAAACCGAUCACUAAUUGGAGAACUGAAUACAGUGGAAGCUGUGUUGGACUUCUGUGAUGCUGAUCUUGAUCUUCUAGCUUGUUAUCCAGCAGUCUGUGCAUUAAAAACUUUGAGUUGCUUGCACCGUGAAACUUGUGACAAAAUCAUCUCAUUAAAUGCACUCCCAAAGCUUGGAAACUUGAUUUCAAAAGAUAAUUGUCAAAAAAUGGUUGUCAAAGCCUAUAGGCGUGGAGUACGGCCAUAUGAAAAACGUGUUUUAGAUGAUCGAUAUGAUCAGUCUGAAGAAAACUUCAAAGAUUUCACUGUUCCUUCCAUUGCUGAUAGAGCACUGAAUGUUUUACGAUCCUGGAGCUGGAAAAUGCAGAUGUCAUGUUCUGUAGUAAUUUUACAGAUUGCAGAACAGAGUGAUAAAUACAGAAAACUUGUUUAUAAAGAAAAAACAAUACUAAAGGCCUUGAUAAAGCGGUUUAAAACUCCGGCAAUAACUGCAAACGAUUGCAACAUGAGUGCAAUGAGCGUGAAGGUUGUUGGCAUGUUGAGCUUGAGUGAGGAGUUAUGUUGGCAGUUGAUGGAUGGGAACAAUAUCAUUAAAUACCUGGAAGAUGGAAUCCUUUUGCCGGACAAUGGACCACUAAAUUCUUACUUGGAAACAAUAAUGCAACUGUCCACACACAGUGGCCGCUGCAGGAACAAAAUACUGGAGAGUGAGGAAGUUGUCCAAGCACUUGCAAGAUAUAUGUUCUCUUUCCACAAAGAGAUUCAAGGCCCAGCUCUACGUACCAUUGCAAACCUGGCAGAGUCCGAAGACCUGGCGAAGAACUUAAUAAAGUGUGGUGUAACUCCAAAAAGCAUCUCCAUAGUCAUCAGUUACCAUCAGCGUUCUUCUGUCCAACAUGCUAAAAAGAUAGAAAAAACACUGCAGCGUACCUGUGAAAAAGAGUGGAAGGAAGAGGAAGUAGCAUUUGGAAAAGAGCGUUUUGAAUUCUUCUCACGUCUGGACGAAGAUCAGGCGCAAAUUCUGAAGGACCAAGGCAACAAGAAUUUCAAACUGGGCUUAUUAGACGAAGCAGUGAAACUUUACACCGAGGCAUUAAACUUAGUCCCCUACUGCUUGGAAGUGAACAAUGCGAGAAAAGAUGGAUCACGUUGGUGGGUUUUACCAGCCGUGUUGUACAGUAACCGUGCGCAGUGCCACCUGAAUAACGCUGACUGGGAGAGUGCUUUGAAGGAUUGUAACGAAGCAAUGGCAAGAUGCCUGGAAGACAACGAGGAGUCCGAAAAAAUACUUCUAAAAACUAUGUUCCGUCGCUCUAGAGCAUGGAUGGAGUUAGGCCAGCUCUUCAGAGCCCUAAAUGAUAUUUCUCACUGUCUGAGAAACCAAACGCCCGGUGAAAGUAAUUUCCAAUCAUAUUACUGGGAGAUCAUGGUAAAGUACCGUACUGCAUGUGGCAUAGAACCUAUCCGUCGCUGUGGCAACUGUGUCGGUGGAGAAGGAGACAAAUUAAAAAGAUGUGGAAACUGUGACGAGGUUUACUGCAGCCGUGAGUGCCAAGUGUUUGCUUGGGAACUGGGCCAUAAGACCUAUUGCAGAAAAUAAGGAAACCGGGAAAAAAGACAAAGAUUUCCGCUAAAUACUGAAAACUAUAAUACUUUGAGAAAAACUAUCGUGGUUAACCACCGAAAAAUUGUUAUGUUUGGGGGAUCUACUUCCCUUUGGUGUCUAAACAAUCCUCAAACUCAAAGAGGAUAAACUUUUUUUUUAGGUUUAGUUUAGGAUAAGGGAUAAAACUUUAAAAGGUCAAACUUGGCCGAAGAAUCUACUCUUUACUGUUACCGGCGAACUUUAAGAAGGUUUGGCCAUAUCACUUAAGUAAACAAGAGCGCGCGAGGUUAAUUCCAUAGGCAUGCUAUAAGGGUCAGUGAUGUGGCGGUUGCUAGAGGAUACUAGCUCUGGCAACUGAAAGUUAGCCAGUGUGAGUCUUAUCCUGUUCCAGGUACUGUAUAUUGGUUGUAAACAGACGCAAUAGGUCUCGGAAGGGAAGGACUUUGGUUUAAACUGUGGUCGGUUCGUUUAGCAAUGUAGCAUUUGGCAUUUAGCAUGUAGUAUUCAGCAUUUGCCAUUUGGCAUCUAGCAUUUAGAAUGUAGCAAAUAGUAUAUAGCACUUAGCAUUUUGCACUUAGCAUUUGGCAUUUUAGCACUUAGCAUUUAGCAUUUGGGCGUCGUAUGUCCAUAUUUCCCUAAUAAUUUCAGUUGUUUGAGGGUUUUUUGUAAAUACAUUUAGCCCUCGAUAUGUAGCUAACAAUCUAAUCUGCUAGAACGUAUGUGAUUGCAGAAGACUGGGUCAGGUUGGUAGAAAAACGGGGAGGAGGGCUGGUUGGCUUUGAAGCAGACAGUAUCCCCUUUCUAAUACUUUUCUUUCCUCUCGUCACCUUUGGGGUUGAGAUUCUAUUGAUAUUGUUCGAAGAAUCUACUGAUUUGUUGCCCCCACGGAUUAAAACGGUCAAGUACCCUCCUUCCCUCUUAGGAAUGCAUACAAUAACUUUGCGUUACCACGUAAGUGAACUCUUACUGGAACAACUGUUUCUACGAGCCACUCGGUCCUGCGCUUUAAGUAUGAUUGAAGUAUUUUCUUGUAGUGUAGAUUUGAGUAUCGUUGUUAACAGGCUAGGGGUAGUGUUCUAUGAUAAGAUGGGAUUGAACUGAAACACGUAAGUUCGUGUACCAAAUCGGUUAACCCAUUAGACCCUAAGAAUAACCAGUAUCUAAUUUCUUCUAAUGGUCGUACUGCUGAAUCAUGCAUGAAGAUCAUGGAAACAAAGGAAAUGAUCGCCAACCCCAGAAGCGUUGAUUAAUAAACGAAUUCUUCUUAAAAAUACCAAAGAAGAUGACCCUUGCUUGCCAUAGAGUCUCUUUGGCUCAGCGGUAAAGCAUCGAAGCGCGGGGUACGGGGGUCUGGGGUUCGAUUUCUCGUGGGGGCUCGGACUUUUUUCCUUGUCCAGCGCUCGUGACUAGACGAAAACACAGCUUUCUACCAAAGAGAAUGUGUUGAGAAAAAUAUGGAGAACAUGGUGUUAGGGUGCAGAGGGUUUUAAAAAGCUUGUUUUAACGACUUAUGCCUAAAAUUGUCAGACUUAGUAUAAAGAGUCAAUAAAUGGAUUUCAAGAACAAAGGCAGUAUUUGAAGACAACCUCGACCCCCUUUGUAUUCGACUGACCAGGUACAUUUCUUUGGUGGUGGUUUUGAAAUACUCUAUGCUAAGUAAGCCAUAAGGUAACAAGAUUUUCCUUCUAAAAAGAGAAUACAAGGUCCAAUAUCAA